UGUGCAACCGUAGCUAAGAAAAGCCUCUGAGGAAAAAAACAAAGGAGCUUUGCAUCUCCCAAUAACAUGAGAUGUGCGUACACUGUAUGUAGCAUUUUGGAAUUUGGAUUGUGGUAGUAAGUUGCUGCUUUCAGUUUGAUUAGACAAUCAUUGUUUCGUUUUCCUUGCUUUGACAGCGAGGGUGCUUGUAUGCUGCUUAAGUCUUCUUAGUGCUAUCUAGGUCAGUAUACUUAUGCUUUUUUUGUUGUUGUUUAAGUCUGACAGAUAACAUCUGAAGGAAAUUAGCACCAAUUUUCCUUUUUUUUGUUAUAUCUGAGGGGAGAAAAAUAUUUUUAUAAUUGAUCAGAACUGUAUACCACAGCACCUACCGUUUCUGCAUUGCAGAUAUUUUUAGCUCUCACACUGCUUGUGGUUAACAGGGUGUAGCGUAGACACAGACAGCUGAUCUUGCAGGCAGACCCUGUGCUUGUGUGGUUUGUCAAUACUGCUCAGGAUUUUGAUGGACUGCAAAAGAGAAAAAGCAGAAAGGAAAGAAAAAAGAAUGUUUUAUUUUCAUGAACGUUGCACCUUUAGUUAGGAUAUUUUUCUAUCACAGUCUUUUUAUUUUUUAAUUUUAAAACUUAAAAAUUAGGAAAGCACAGCAUCCAGGAUUUAGUAUGUGCGAUACGACAUCUUUCUGCAUCGAGAGGACGCCACCGUAGUCAAUCCAGCCUUUCUCCAAUAAGCAAGAAGAUUGUUUUGUUUUCCUCGGCAGGCGGACUCAGCCACUGCACAGGCAGAUUUUGAUAAGAGUUUGAAAUGCCUACUACUGUAUCGUUGUAGAAUUUGGAGUUUGCUAACAGUGUUAGUGACUGGAGCUCAUCUUGCAUCACCAGUUGAUGACAAUUUUCUUUGUUCCCUCCCACCCAGUUGAACCAAGACUCUGUAGCUGAUACGCAAUGUCACUUACAACAUUAAUCAGAUACUGCAUUUAAGGUGAGCUGUCCCUUGCCUCCUCCCUUACCAGAGCUGUGCUGCAGUAUGUAUCUUACUCCUGCGAGCCUAAAAUGGCAGGCAGGAUUAACGUUGCUUGUGCUGUGUGCAUGCUGUGUAUUGAAUUCAUUAUACCGUGCCUAGUAUCUCAAAUGUGAGUAUGUUAAAUGGUCUGUGUGCCAUAUCAUGCAGUAGUGAAAACUGGCUUGUGCUUCAUUACAGGCUUAGAUAUUUGAGCAUCACCUUAAGAAUUCUUUUUCUUUUGCAAUGUGGUGAGCUGUUAGCUUGUCAUCAUGUUCAAACUACAUUAUUAGCCCUUGGAAAGGGGAAAAAAAAAAAAAAAGAAAAAAAAGAAGCAAACCGUGCUUCCAGAUGGUGUCACCCUUUUUCUUCUUGCGUUUACUGUAGUUUAAAUAAUGUAUAUUGUAUUGUUAAUUAAUGUGAAUAUCGAAUUAAAGCACUUGAAACUUACAUAUUUAUUAUGCAGGUAGGAGGCACGUCGAAUCUAUUUUUAACUCUUACGCAGUCCACGUUGUGCAAUGGGCUUUGGUUGUCGAGUUUAUAUUUUCAGCUGUGAUAUCAAUAGGCUGAUUUUCAGUAAAUGUGACAAGUGGCCUUUGCAGUGGUCAGCUUCAAGCUCUGAACACUCUGAGGAGGAGAAAAAAAAACAACAACCUUGCGUUGCAGUUUCGGAAAACCUUGGAUGAGGACAUUUUUUUUUUCCCCACUCCUGCUUUCCCUAUUGAUAAACUCAGUUCUCCUGAUCACGGUCUAUUCAAGCUGCUUCCCAUCUGGUUUUUGACAACUGCUUCUAAAAAAAAUUAUCAAGAAGACCAAGAAUAGAAUUUAUCUCCAUCGCUUUUCAUAAAAAUGGCUGGGUGCACUGCCCUGCUGGCACUGCACUAAGUGAUACACGCAGGUAGGUUGAGAUUUGCAUGUUUUACUGAUUUCUUCGUCAGUGUUACAAGAACAUGAAAUGGGCUUUGGAAUGUAGCCUUCAGAUUGAAAAAAAAAAUUGUUAAUGAAAACAACUGUGUCAAACUGUUGGCUUCAAAUAUUGGCAUGGCAAUUGUUUUUAUCUGCUUUUGAAAAAUUCUAUUGUGAAAGUGGAGCAAUCAUGCCUGUUAAAAUAAUCAUAUGUACUAAGGGCGUGGCAACGCUUCUGCAACAAAAGAAUUUUUGAAAACCCUAUUGAUUCGAUCACAUUUUAAAGCUGACUAUAACCAUUACUGAGCAUGCACUAAAAAUGCAAAAAUAAAAAUGGAGGUAGAUAAGAAAAAUGAAAAACAUUCCAAUUGCUGCAAGCGGUUUUCUGCGUUUUGUGCGAAAUAUGAAAUAAAGAUUAAUAUGCUGCAUGCUUAUUUUUUCAGUGUUGGCUACAAACAUAAACCUUCAGUAUUCCUUUUUAUUUUAAGGUAGAAGGACUUUAUAUAGAGAGAUUGAUAUAGAUGGCCCUGUCAGCUCACACUGUGUAUCAGUUCACUGAAGUGUGUUUUACUUCACAGAAAAAAAGGUUACGAAAGGAAAGUGAACAGCCGUAGGUGCAAAAACCUGAUGUUGAGCAUUAAGAAUAAAAAGAAUUCUGAGUAUUCUACUACUUACACCAACUUUUGUAAUAUAUUUGUUUCAGAUUAAUACUGGGCCAGAACCAGUUUCCUUGGCAACCAAAUCCUUCUAAAAGAUGCAAUAGUAGAGAUGUAAAAUGAAGUUAUGCUCUUUAAUAACAAUACCACAAUGCAAAUGGAAAUUUCACAGUUAAGUUUGUUUGCAGUCCUAAGUGGGAAUCUGAUCUUGUUUUGUGUUUCCACGCGGCUAUCAUUUAUUAAACGAUGCCGUGUUUAUGAAGCUGUGCACCAGAAAAAACUAUUUUAUUCCUGUUUUGCAGUGGUUGUUUCCAGAAACGUACCCUAGUUUCCUUUUUUAAUGUCUUGCAUGUAGGUCAAAGUAUGCACUAUGUGUAUAUGAAGUGAUAGUUUCAUUAUUACAAAUAUAAAAGUAUCACUGAAACAUUUAUUAGCAGAGAAACGUAGAGAAUCAGAAGUAUGUUUAAACCUCCUUCCACCUUUGCUGAAUUCAGCCAUGGGAAUGCUAAUAAAUCUUUCUUUAAAUAGUGGACACAUUCUGAUCUAAAGAUCUGUUUAUCCAUACUGGAAAAGAACUUGUGUAGGAUUGUAAGCAAGAUUUUAUAAAAUAAGCUCACUUGUAGUCUACGGUGAUUUGCAGACCUCACAGAUUUUGCAAAAAUUAAGUAUUAUAAUUCCUUAUGCUAUUGUUAGCUGAUAUUUUAACAAUAUCAGUGAAGCCAGUUCUUAUGUGUUCCACAGUAACAGAUGCUACUAAGUGUCUCUACUGUACUUAUAAUGUAGUGCAUUUCCUUGUGAAUCCCCUUUGUACGUGACUUGAGAAAUUCUCACUGCUGCAACGAGACUUUUGCAGCAGGGUAGCCAUUUUCCUUUCAUGUCCUUGACUUUAAAAUGACUAAGAGUAUUUUGCUUCAGAUGAGGACCCAGCACUGCAAAUUAAUACAAAGGAGGUAUUUAGAAGCACAGCCAGUUACAUUAAUUAUAGCCUUGACAGUUUCAGUACUAUCAAACAAAUUCUCAUUUAUUUCUAAAUAUACCACUUCAGUACAUCACAAAGAUGCAGAGCAAAACUGUUCAGUAAUAUGAUUGUUGCCAUCUAUCUUGGCCAGUGCUUAAUAAUGAUAAUAAAACCCAUUUGAUUAAUAAUUAUGAGACAAGUUUGAUGCAGUGCAAUAUUUUCCAGUCCCACCUAAAAAAACUGAACUGAAAACGUAAUAAACAGCAUUUCCCCAGUGAUGUAUUAAAGUAGGCUUUAAUUUCUUAUUUAUUUAUUUAUCUCCAGUAGUUUGCUUCUAUUGAUUUUUUUUUAGUCUGAAACAUGAUACGGAGUGCGCCAUUACAUGGAGGUCCCAAAACUGUGUUUCCUUGUUUAUAUUUUGUGUGGUUAUUUUUAAAGGAAGUUGCUGAGCUAAUGCUAUGCAGAAGCAAUCUAUUUAUUGCCAUUGAUAUUUAUCUUUAGGGAAGACAGGGUACUUUGAGUUAAACUGUUUUUGUUCUGUCUUUGUGUUCAAAUAUAUCCACUCAAAGCGUUUAAAGAAAGCACAGCUCUGUUACACCACGCUUGUUCCAAAUCUAUUUGCAAAUUUACUCUUUUGUUAGGGGGUGCAAUCCUCUCGUAAUUAAUAUGACUGGACUCAAGUGUUUUCAUGAUUCUGGAAAAACUCACUGGCAGCCUAUGAGCAGUAAUGUCUAGCUAAAGAAACUGAAUUAUUUAUUAAGGAGGAUUCUAGUAAUUAGCAAGCUGUUUUCAUUUUGACUCUUUUACAUGGUUUGCUGUAUACCUUUUAAUGGUAGUUAAAUCCAUCUAAUGCAGUGUCAGAACAUUACAGCCAGAGCCACAGUACAAAACAUUGUGUAAAUUCCAUCCAUUUUAUUCGCUUUGGCUAAAGGGGCAACCAGGGCAGAUAGAAACAGGUGCGGUUUUUCACACCUCUAGCAUAGCUUCUCAGAUGUUAUUGUUGUGGGAGAGCAUGGGGGUUUUGUACAGUUUUAUCCUGGAAGCCUUUUUAUAAUUAUGCUUUAUCCAUGCAAAGUCCAUUUGUGCCUAAUGGAAAAUCUACACAAAAUUUGAGAGAAAAUGAAAUGAAAAAUAAUUCAAUUAGACGUUAUCUUGCUUGCUACUUACUUGCCUUUCUGAUUAAGGCUACUUCUGGCUCUAAACUUCAUUUUGAUUUGAAAAUGCAGGUCUCACAGUGUGCAACUAUGUGUUGAGAUAAUAUUUGUCAGACCAUUAUGCAGAGGCUGUGGUAGUAAAGAACAGGUAACAACCCUCUGGGGGCAUCUAGUGCCUCUGUUGUAUUUUAUCUGGGGAAUUGUUUCAUUAUGUUUUAAAAGGGCUUUAUUAUGUAUAGUAUUUGAAAUCUAGUGUUAUCAAAUUUGGAAAUACUUCAGCUUUGGUAAAGUCUCUUUACCACUGGAUUCCUCCAGUGCAAUGUUUAAGUUUCCCAUUCAGCAUAACAUUUAACAGUCAUUUGUGUAUAUAGAUGUGCUUAUGACUUGAUUGGUGUUUGAGAUAAUAACAAGGACUUAACGUUAGUCUCCUUCAUUCUGGCCUUUGUUACAGGCACACAGGAGCUUUAGAAUAUUUACUGAAAUCAAGAUACACUAAAAAACAUACUAAAGUACGUAAAUGCUAAAGUAUAAAUGCUCAUAUUUUUGCAUUUUAAAGCCAAAGUAAUGGAUCCUGUAGUUCCUGUAUGUUAUUUAUGAAAACAGGAUAGCAUGUUUGCAGAUGGGAGGUGUAUCUGUGUCUACUUCCUGCAGUAAAAAUGUCCAUCAGCUCAGUGCCUUAUCUGAAAGGUUUUUCAGUUGCUGUGUGGAACAAUUUGAGUUUGCUUAGUAUAUUUGGAAUGCAGCCAUGUUCUAAAUAAUUUUAAACUACUACAUGAAAACAUUAUUUGUGUUUGAUGUACAAUAGCAUAAAAUCUGGAUGUUUCACAGUGAUCAGUCAUUUAAGCAGAAAGUUAUAGGAAGCAUAUUCCAGAGAGCAAGAGUUGUCCAGAGAAAUCUUAUGAUAAUAUCUGUCACAAGAGAGGCCAAAAAAAAAAAAAAAAAAAAGUGGCAGAAGAAAAAGAGGAGAAGCAAACGACCUUCUGAAAGACUGAAAAAAAUGCAUGGAGCCUUUCAAGAUAAAGAAUAACUUGUAAUUGGUUUUGGCAAUUUCGGCGGAGUCAAGGGAGUUGACUAGUAAUAACGACUUUUUCUUCCCACAUCAUAAUUUGUUCUCUAAAUUGGCAAGCUGUGAUAGCUAUUCCUAAAAGCACUGCUUUUCCACUGACUUUACCUUGUGAAACUCGGGAAUAUACAUAUACUGACUCAGAAAGUUGUGAAGCCUUCAUUAUUUGAUAUGUUAUCAGAUAGAACUGUUGGGAAAAAUUUGGAAAUAGUUGAGAUAGGGGAAGGGCAGUAGAGCCAGGCUUGGUUUUAGUCUAAUUUUUUUCAGUGAUCCCAAUAAAAUAAUUGGUUUUAAACUUGAAACAAUCCUUAGAUUUCUAUUUAGGGUAUAUUUUGAAAUACAGUGUGCAGUUUACACUACGCAGGUUAAAGCACAAUGAAAUAAUGCACGCAGAAGCCAUGUUCGUAAUCCUUUGGUUAACAGGACUGCUUUAUUGCUGGUAUGUUGCAAUCCUCCCAGAUGUAGGUUUACAGUACCACAGCAAAGAAAAACUUAGACAAAUUACACAAUGUAUCUGGAAACUAGUACUUGUCUACUAAUUUAGUCAUUAAAUUUGGAUUUUCCACUUUGCAGGCUGACUGACAGCCACAGAAUUCACAAAAUUACUGAGAUGAUCUUGCCGAACAUACCUGUCGAUACCACUUCUAAAAGACUCUAACUGAGGAACAGCCUGAUUUUAGAUGACAGUCAUGUCCCAUUCAAAGGAUCUCAAGGACGACUUCCAUAGUGACACUGUACUUUCUAUUUUAAAUGAACAGCGCAUUAGGGGUAUUUUGUGUGAUGUCACCAUAAUUGUGGAAGACACCAAAUUUAAAGCCCACAGUAAUGUGCUAGCAGCUUCAAGUCUUUACUUUAAAAACAUAUUUUGGAGUCGUACUAUCUGUAUUUCAGGUCAUGUACUGGAAUUAGAUGAUCUCAAAGCUGAAGUGUUUACAGAAAUACUGAACUACAUCUACAGUUCCACAGUGGUUGUUAAGAGGCAGGAGACUGUAACAGACCUUGCAGCUGCAGGGAAAAAACUGGGGAUAUCGUUUCUUGAAGAUCUUACAGAUGUUAACUUUUCAAGCUCCCCCUGCCCUUAUGCAUAUUGUGUUAGCGAGAAAGGGACUGUCAAAGAGGAAAAACAUGAAAAGAGACAUGAAGACUCAGCUGUGACAAAUGGACCACGAAUUACAAAUGCAUUCUCAAUUUUUGAAACUGAAAAUAGUUUGUUUUCUCCACUUGAUUUGAGGGCAAACUUUAAAAAAGUAUCUGAGACAAUACAAACCCCCAACGUCAGCCUUGACAGAAGCAACAUUUGCAAAGAUGCAGAGCCAGCCAGUACAUUGGCAGAGCACUCCUACGCUGUUUCUUCAGGGGGAGAUACUUUUCAAGGAACGCCUCACAUUGAACAGGAAAGCAGCUCUUCAUACAAUGCAGGUGAAGACCACUAUGAAAAUGUCCGAGCUACACCACUCAUUCAACCAGUAAAACAAGCAUCGAGUACUACUCCUAAAGCAGCCUUCAAGCCCCAGUGUAGUAGUUUGGCUGUAGCAAAAGUACCAGCCUCUACAGUAGCCAAUGCAGAAGCCCAGCCUGAAACUGUUAAUGAUCAGAGAAUUAUUUCCAUUCCAAAACCCCAGAAUAAAGCAGGAGAUCUCAGUUUGUCCAGAGAAGAAGAAAACACAUCUGCUAAUGUCUCUGGAUCUGUGACAACUGUCGUUCCACCUGCUUACAGCUGUAACUGCUGUGCAAAAUCGUUCAGUGACAGGGCGUUACUCAGUACUCAUCUUCAACUCCAUUCAGAGCAUCAGGAAACUUUCAUAUGCAAAUACUGCAGCAAACAAUUUGCAAAUCUAAAUAUACUGGAAAGUCAUGAACAAGUCUGUAUGAGAUCAAGUAGCUUAUCUGUUCACAGUGGCAAUGAACAAAAUUUUUCAGAUAAUUAUACUGCUACGGAUGGAAGGAAUGAGAGUUCAUAUGCAAACACAGAGUCUCUAUUGUCUGAAAACAGCAUAACUGAUUAUUCUAAUGCAAACUGUGCUUUACCAGAAACGGAUCACUUGGUUAAAGUUGUUGAUGGGCAGAUAUUAUAUACUUGCAUAGUUUGCAAACGUAGUUAUGUGACGUUGUCGAGCCUUCGAAGACAUGCAAAUGUGCAUUCAUGGAGAAGAACAUACCCGUGUCACUACUGCAACAAAGUAUUUGCAUUAGCUGAGUAUCGCACAAGACAUGAGAUCUGGCACACUGGAGAAAGGCGGUAUCAGUGCAUUUUCUGCCUAGAGACUUUCAUGACUUAUUAUAUACUAAAAAAUCAUCAGAAGUCUUUUCAUGCAAUUGACCAUCGUCUCUCAGUAAGUAAGAAGACAGCCAAUGGAGGCUUAAAACCAAGCGUGUACCCAUACAAACUUUACCGACUUCUGCCCAUGAAGUGCAGGCGACUACCUUAUAAGUCCUACCGAAAUUCUACGUAUGAAAACGUUCAAACAAGUAGCCAAGUUAAUGAAACUGCUUCUAGUAACUGCUUCAUUCAGAGUUCUCUUAGUUCUGAGCUACCACCGCUGAAUUUUCAAAGUAAUAUAUUAUCAAACAACAGAACUCUUGUUUUGGACACUUCUUCAUGUAAGGAUACAGCAUCUUCCACAAAUCCUCAGAACUCUUCCUCCUGGGGAGUAGGUAUCUUAAAUUCUGAUAUGCAAAGAGACUUCUUCACAGCUGACAAAAGAGUUCCCACUGCUACAAAAGACUCUGGUUCGCACGAGUACGAUUCCUCAGUUGUGUCUUUAACUAAUGUGAAUGAAAAUUCAACCUCUGUAAUCAGUUACAGCAGUUCUGCACCCUCUGUUAUAAUGCACAGUAGCAGAGUUUCAUCAGUAAUAAUGCACAGUAAAACAAUCACUUCUGUAGAAAACAGUAAGACAGAAUCUUCUAAUAGUGUACCUAGUCAACCUGUAAGUGAUGAUUGUAAGUAUGGGUCAGAUAAUUAUGGAAAAUGUAUUACAAAAUCAAAACCUAUUAAGGAGAAAAAGAAAGCACUGCUGUGCAACAGAGCAGAAGCAGCUGAGGAUACGCAGCACAUCCAAGGAUCUGGAAGUUCAUCUAGCAAAACCACUAAUACUGCUGAAGAGUCGAGUAAAACUGAGACAUAUAUUGCAAAGCCUGCCUUACCUGGAACAUCUACUGACAGCAAUGUUGCUCCUCUUUGUCAAAUAACAGUAAAAAUCGGUAACGAGGCUAUUGUAAAAAGGCAUAUAUUAGGAUCUAAGCUAUUUUGUAAAAGGGGACGAAAGUCUAAACACGAGUCCAAACAGGACAAUCUAAAUGAGGAGUCAGAAGUGGAGAUAAAAGAGAAAAGCCCAUCGAGGCUCUACAGCUCAGAAUGCCUGGAGCUGACAGAAAUGUGUGAUGAUGUAAGUGAUCAGGAUUCCAGUGAUAAACCCUGGAGACCAUAUUACAAUUACAAACCGAAAAAGAAAUCUAAACAGCUAAGAAAAAUGAAGAAGACCAAAUGGAGGAAAAAGCAUGGAAACAGGAACACCAUUAUGGAAAGUCACAGUCCGUGCAGUCGAGAGUACGCACUCAGGAGUGCUCCUGAAGACAAGGCAAUUAGUCAAGAGGAGAACACAGAAAUGCCCAGUCUUCAUUGUGAGCUCUGUGAAGGAGAUCAGAACUCCACUACAGAAACUCAAGAACAUGUACAUUGGCAUGUAUCUACUUCAAAGCCUUACAUUUGUGAAUUAUGCCAAAAACAAUUUCAAAGUCCAUCCACCUUAAAAAUGCAUAUGAGGUGUCACACAGGGGAAAAACCCUUCACCUGCAAAACCUGUGGUAAAUGUUUUUCAGUCCCUGGAAAUUUACAGAAACAUGAACGUAUUCAUCUGGGUGUCAAAGACUUUGUCUGUCAGUACUGUAAUAAGGCAUUCACUUUAAAUGAAACACUCAAAAUACAUGAAAGAAUUCAUACUGGAGAAAAACGCUACCACUGUCAGUUCUGCUUACAGAGUUUCCUGUAUCUUUCUACCAAAAGGAACCAUGAGCAAAGACAUAUACGUGAGCAUAAUGGAAAAGGAUAUGCUUGCUUUCAGUGCCCCAAAAUUUGCAAGACGGCAGCUGCUCUGGGAAUGCACCAGAAGAAACAUCUAUUCAAAAGUACGGGUCCACCAGAUAGAAAAGAACAGUUCUGCAAUGAAAGUGCUCAGCUGUUGGAAAAUCAACAUUUCCUUGGCUCAGAAGGAAGUGAAGGGAAAACCAUACGAAGUGUAACUCCAGAAGUUACACUCUGAGUGACAGUUGUGCAAAAGAGAAGAAAAAUACAAAACUAUAUGUUGGAGAAAAUGUAGAUUGAUUGAAUGGGGAAAAUUCUCCGCAGAGAUAAUUUACGAAGAUCAAAUGUCUUCAUUUAAACAUAUGUCAAUAUAUGCAAAGGAAAGAAAAAUAACACUGAAAAGAAAAACUAGUAUUUGCAAUAAUACAAACUUAAUUUGAAAGACCCCAAAUAGUUCUGCCAGAAUAGACUUCUAGCAUUCAUGUAAAGAGAAAGAAGAAGAAAAAAAAAGAAUAAUAAAAAAGACCAACUAAACUCCUCCUACUUAAAGCUAGAAGAAACUAGCCACUGAACUGUUCUACAGUGCUGUUUUUCAGUCAGAAUCGUUCUGGACAAAAUAAAUAUGUAGGUUCAAAUUAUAUACUAUAGAAGGAAUUUUUGCUGCAGAAAUCAUAUGUCGCUUUUUUUUUUUUAAACAAAAGUUAAUGUGUUUAUAAACAAAUCGUGAUUUAGUGUAUUCUACAGUGAAGAUGGGCAGUGUUUCAUCAGUUUGGGUAUGCUGAAGUACAAUUGAGUUUUGGAGUGCUUUUCUGUAACUCAACAUUUACAAAACAUACACAGAAGUAUAAACCUUUUUUCCUUUCCAUUUUCGGUUUUGUAGUUACCAUAAUAUGCAUUAAGUCUCUGAAUGCUUGUGCAGACAGUAUGCCAGAUUAGAGACAUCUCUGAAAUGUUUAAUAAAGAUUCAGUGCAAAUCAUAGUAGCCAGUCUUCCAAACGGCAGAAGUUCCAAAUGAUUGAACUGUAAAGUUAUUCAGUUCAUGUGUUGAAAGAAAAUUGUUCUCAUGAAGUAGUAUAGUUUGAAGAACUCUGUAAGUGUCCACCUUCUGGUGAGUCUGAAACUCCUGUCUUUUAGAAAUAUCAUUCUUCUCAGCAGAAGAAGAGGAGAUAAGAGGGUCUUCCUCCACAUCUUGGUGUAAUGCCUGGACAACAAAUGACAGUGCAGCUCACAGAAAAUGCUUUGAUUUGUGGGAGGAAGAGGUAAAUAAUCAGAUUCUUGCUUCCAUGUAUAUCCCUGAGGCAGUUUCCGUAUAUAACAGGGAUAGGGCCAAUUUGUGGGGUUCCUUGUCAUCCCUGUGCCUUAAAUGCAAUAUUAGUACUUUGUAUGUCUCAGCAUCUCACCCCAGGCAAGCUUCAUCUCAGUGUCCUUUGGCCAAGCACAGUAGGCCCAGAGCAGAGAAGUGCCAGCAUCGGGUUGCUGGAAGAAGCCACGUUGGCCUUUCUGCUUCCCUUCUUCUGCUGCACCAGAAUGUUACAGUGAGCCUUCUGGCUGCACAGUUUGCAUUCACCAGGAAUCAGGAGGGUAAGCUUCUGAAAGAAGACAUCACCGAAAUUAACAGUACAGUUAAUCACAUUUUCACAAAAUAGUGUUAAUUUUAACCAAAAUGAAGAGGUCAAAUGUCUACAAGUUGCAUAUUAUAUCAUAGGGCUCUGUUGUACUCUAUCUGCACUUCCAAUUUGUUAUGUACAUUCAUUGUUACAAAGUGUUAAAAAUGUUUUAAGUCUGGACAAUGGUCAGUGAACCUCAAUUUAAUUCUAUGUGCAAAUAUGGUACAUGAUUUGUUUACUUGGUUUUCCAAAAUAUUCUAAAGGAAAUUAUAGCUUGGGUAUGAGAAAAUUACAAUUGAAAUUAUAGUACAGUAUUGAUUGAAGUAAUAAUGUAGUCCACUUAUUUAUCCUGUCAUUGAUGAAUGCUGUGAACCCUCUGAGAAAUGUUUGGUUUCAUAGCAGUUUUGGUUCCAUUUUCAAUUAGGAUAAUAGUAGGAUAAACACAGGAAAGUAUGAUGAUGUUUCAAAGAAAGUACACGAAGAUAUUUUCUAAGUGGACUUGUAUGAUGAUAAUUAUAGACCAAAGCAAAUAAGGUAGAAUAUUUAUACGUAUAAAGAUAAUUUUACAGAUAUUUUAUAUAACUGUAUAGUUCAUAAGAAAAAUAUUGAUAGCUUGUGUUAGGUUUGGGGGGGGGUUUGUAUAUUUUGAUAAAAACACAAUGACUUUGUAACUCUGUAUAUUAUCUACAGUUUAUAGCAAAGGAGUUUUAAGAUGGCAAUGUCAUGUUUAUAGUUCAAUUGUGGCACUUUUACUACAAGUAACACAUUGAAGUAAUGAGUUAAGUAUUAAUGACCAAAUUAGAAUCAAAAUAAGUGUAAGAGAAAGUAAAUACUGUACGUUGUCAAAGACUGUAAUUUGCUGCAUCUGUAUUUUUGUUUAGAAGAAAAUAUUAAAUGCAGAUGUUAAGGAUUGA